AUGAAGUUUUACGGUGCUAUUGUUGUGCUGCUGGCUCUGGCAGUGUUCGGUCAGAGCAGCUUUGCCGAGCAGGUGUCCUAUCGGGACUACAAAGUCUACAGCAUCAAUGUGGACAGUGCAGAGAAGCAUACGAUUCUGAAGCGGUGGCAAGAUGUUAAGGGUGUUGAUUUCUGGGACCGCGCCGGUUACCGUGUGAUGAUCCAUCCGAGCCUGCAGGCUGCAUUCGAACGCUUCCUCAGCAUGAACAGCUUCACCUACGAGCGUAUUAUUGAGGACGUGGAAGCAACGAUCGAGGCGGAGCGUAAAUAUGAUCAGGAGUACCGUCGUCGCAAGGCUGCAUCUGGACGUGCCACGGUCGAUUUCGAGCACUUCUGGACGAACGCAGAAAUUAACGACUACCUGGACGAGCUUGCCCAGACAUUCCCGAGCCUGGUGAGCGUGGAAACGAUUGGAACAUCCCACGAGGGUCGUCCGAUCAAAUCUAUCACGAUCUCCACAAACAAUGGAGUGGCUGGAUCGAAACCAGUUGUCUUUGUUGAUGGUGGCAUCCAUGCUCGUGAAUGGGCCGGUGUGAUGUCUGUGGUUUACUUGAUCCACGAGCUGGUGGAACACUCGAGCAGCUACGCCGACAUGCUGAACAAGGAUUGGGUUAUCAUCCCGGUCGCCAAUCCCGAUGGUUAUGAGUUCUCGCACACGAACAACCGUAUGUGGCGCAAGAACCGCUUCCCGGCGACGAUCCUUUGUACCGGAAUUGAUCUAAACCGCAACUGGGACUACAUGUGGGCUUUCAGCAGCAAUGCUUGCUCUGACUCGUACGCCGGAGAAUCUGCCUUCUCUGAGUUGGAAACUCAAGCACUGAACCGUGUGAUGCAGCGGUAUGGAUCGAACAUUGCCCUCUACCUGGCAGUCCACACGUACGGUGACAUGAUCCUGUAUCCGUACGGCUACGCUUGGCCCUUCGUGCCAGUAGCGAACCAGGCCGGUCAUAUCGCUCUCGGCGUGCAGGCACGUGAUGCGGUCACUGCCGUCGGUGGACCCCAGUAUAUCGUCGGUAACAGUGCCGAAAUUCUGUACACAGCCAAUGGAUGCAGUGACGAUUAUGCAGCCGGUGUCAUCGGUGCCCAGUAUGCGUACACGCUCGAGCUGACUGGUGGUGGCAGCAAUGGAUUCGAUCUGCCCGCUUCACAAAUUCAGGCCGUUGCCACACAAACUUUCCAAAUCUAUCGUACCAUGGCGAACAAUUCCUAA